AUGUUGACAGUGUGCGUCCCGCAGACACGACGCUAUUAGGAACAGCUGAAAGCAACAGCAAAAUCACAAAAGCGAACAGAGACUCACGACGUAUGUUAGUGUAAAACGCACCUCAGGCAACCCAGUCGGACAUUUUGUCGUAGGGUACUUUUUGGACCUUGCGAGCACUCCGUUAAGGUAGUCAGAAUGGGCCGCAUCUUCCUGGACCACAUUGGCGGAACGCGCCUGUUCUCAUGUGCCAACUGCGACACCAUCCUGACCAAUCGCUCCGAGCUCAUCUCCACCAGAUUCACGGGUGCCACCGGCAGAGCUUUCCUCUUUAACAAGGUGGUGAAUCUUCAGUACAGCGAAGUCCAGGACCGCGUGAUGCUGACGGGCCGACACAUGGUCCGAGACGUCAGCUGCAAGAACUGCAACAGCAAGUUGGGCUGGAUCUAUGAGUUCGCCACCGAGGACAGCCAGCGCUACAAGGAGGGACGAGUCAUCCUGGAGAGGGCGCUGGUCAGGGAGAGUGAGGGCUUCGAGGAACACGUGCCCUCGGACAAUUCUUGAAUGUCACAAACUGUAUGAACAACUUCACAGACAAAACAUAUUUGACUAUCUUUUCCUGAAACAGUGGUGCAGAAAACAAGCACCUUUAGACAAAACCUCCAGUUGCUGCCAUCAUGAACCUUAUUUGGAUUCCACUGCCGGAUAGGCGCAGUCAACCAUUAGAUUGACAAAUUGUCAGAUUGUCAAAAUUUUUUUUUUUUUUUUUCAGCAGUACAACUUUCUGAAUGGUCUUAACACUUCUAUUGGUUGCUCUGAGACACAAGUAAUUGGCUGUAAUUGAUGGUUAUAAACAAACUAGAGUUGCUUUAAGAACGGGCUGUUUUUACGUUGACCAGUGACCAUGCAGUAAAUUUGCCAAAUUAUCACUUACAAAAUGUAAAUGAAACUAAGGAAAAGACCGACAACCUUCCCACUGUCCUAAAGGUUUGGUUUUUCAUCAAUUAACACAUUUGCUGUCACUGACGGUGAUCGUCCAAUCCAUUUCGACUGCAAAGGGCUGUCAGCCAUUGAACAAGUCAACAAAGCUUUUUUACAUGAUUGACAAAAUUUUCACUUGAGCAGUAUAUUGUUUUUCUCCUGUUUUUAACCAGAGAGGGAAAAUUGCUUCCGUCCCACUGACUAAUCCAUUCUGUGAAAUUGAUAGUCCUUUCAUCAACAAUUAAUGAAUCAAUUGUUAACAAUGUGACAUUACAUGCAUAGAUUUCAGCCCUUGAUUUUCCUUAGCGACAAUGAAAAGGUCUUUGACGUCACGGUCAAGGUGAUUGUUCAUCUCAUGUUGGGUUUAAUUACGUCGCAUUUUUUCCGCUGCCACGUUGCUAACCGGUCACCCAUGGAGUGAGUAGACCCUCUGGGCUUUGUCAGUGCCAUAAUGGACAACAUUAUUGGAAGCUUUCCUGAGUUAAAUUAAUAAAAAAAAAAAAAAAAAAAAGUUCGUUAGCCUAUGUAAUUGAGCUUUGGAUAAACAUUUGCAAGUCAAAAAUCGAAGAUCACCUGAAUGAUGGCUUGUAUUUUGUAAAACAGGUGACUACCAUUUCAAGGUUCCGGUGUAUUAGAGGAUGAUUUCAUCAAACUAAAAUUUUCAUUUGGUUGAUACUUGAUGGUUCUUAUUUUUUAAUUUUCGCUAUAAUUGAGUUAUGCUUGCAUUUUAAUGAUUGAAAUAAAAAGAUUUAUGCUGUCA